AUGAAGGUUGCUGCUUCGCCAGCCAGAGAGACAUGGCAGGAUACCAGGUAUGCAAACGAAGCAUCCCCAGAUACAUCUGGCUCUCUGGAUGUUGCUCAUUUGAUCAUCCUUUUGACCAAGAGCUUUGCAGUUAUCUUGUUCGUCUAUGGAGGAUACGCCUACAACGCAAUCUUUCUUUCAAGGAUACUUCUAGAAGCUGGAAAGGAGAGCCUCGUCCUCCCUUUCGCCGUGAUGUUUAAUUUGUUCUACAUUCUGGGACUUCUCAGCUAUGUUGCCGCGGCCAUGGCAGAUCCUGGCUUUGUUCCGGAACGUUGGUUAAGCUUCGUCGGGCAAGUUGAAAAGCAGCUGCCUGUGGCCAAUCCCAGACCCGAGUGGCAGCCAAGCAAGGCCACGAGGUGCAAGAAAUGCAACAUCAUCCGGCCUGAGAGGGCACACCACUGCCAUUUCUGCCGGCGAUGCAUCUUGCGAAUGGACCACCACUGCCCAUGGAUAAAUAACUGUGUUGGCAUGUACAACCACAAAUAUUUCACUCUCUUAGGUAUCUACGCUGGACUGGCUAGUUUCAUUGCACUGAGCACCAUUUUGCCCGAUCUGCUAACCUGCCUUUCGUCUGUCCUGCGCAUGGACAGUGACGUCAUGUAUGGGCCUGCCUUUACCAAGCACGCUGGUUACCUUCAAUCUGGCAACAAUGUCCUGGAAGCUAUGAUGACUAUCCAUGAAGCCAAAGAGAAAUGUGCCGAGAUGAAGACCUGCAAAGGCUUCUGCUACAUAGGUGAAGACUCAGGAUUGCCUUUGAAGAUCUACUUCAAAGACAAGUGGCAGUUCUGGUCAGACAAUGAUAGCCACUGGACAUCAUACCGAUAUGCAGAGGCCACGGGCCCAGAUGAUGCCUAUGUUUUCCAGUUCCUCCUCUUGGGUUGCGUGGUCAUUGCGGCCAACGCCCUGCUUGUGCCCCUCAAUUGCUCCCAUUUACCGAAUCUACUGGACAACGUGACAAUGAUUGAAUCCAACUACGACAACAUGCCUAACCCCUUCGAUCAGGGCAGCCGGCCGGCCAACAUGGCGCAGAUUUUCGGGAGUCCUGGAAUUGAUUGGAUCAUUCCCAUACCACCGCUGAGGCCGCUAACCGAUGGAAUCUGCUUUGCUCCUUGGGACACAAAGCCCGCCAUGGCGCUCGUUUUGGCAGCGAGCACUCGGGAUUGGGCGGAAGUAGAAAGGCUCCUGAAAGUCAGCUCCGAUGUGAACCAGCAAGACAGGUCUGGUCAGUCGUGCCUCAUGUGGACCGCGCAGUGGGACAACCUGAAAAUAGUACGACUUUUGCUCGAAAGAAGAGCUGCUGUGGAUUUGACGAGCAACCAUGGCGUUUCGGCGCUGAUGUUUGCAGCCGACAGCAGCGCAAGAGACAUAGUCCGGCUGUUGCUGAAGCACCAGGCCAGCCCUGAUGAAAAGUCGAGGCACGGAAUGAAUGCGCUGCUGCUAGCAGCCAAGAAUGGGGCAGCUCAGACUAUACGGGUGCUGCUAGAAGGGCAAGCUGACAUCAAUGCCAAGGGAGCAGGUGGCAUGACGGCCCUUAUGUUUGCUGCAGCCGACGAUCAUGUGGAUGCCGUGCAGGUGCUGCUGGAUCAUGGUGCCGAUGUGAACGUGCAAAAUCGGGAUCGGAAGACCGCCCUUAUCUUGGCGACGCAGAAGAACGCGACCUUGCGAGCACGACACAACUUUGCUCCAAUGGUGGAGUACGUGAAUGGCGUAUCUCACUUGCCAUCGGUGCUUGACUUCCUGCUGGCAGCUCAAUCUGACCUUGAGCUUCAAGACCGAGAGGGCAAAAAGGCCUUGGACUACGCAGGUGGCAAGGCAGAGCAACUCCUCAGAAGCUGGCCCAACCGAGUGGCACGCUUGGCGGCGGCACUGGAGGAGGAGCCGCGGCCCGACGACCCAGAUGUGAUCGAGUCUGAGAUGAGCCAGUGGGACCUAGCGGAUACGCUGCGGCCUAUGAGGAUUCGCAGUGGCAAGAAGCAGAAGAUAUUUGGCGAAGUAGAUACCACGCCCAGCGGAGAAGCAGCGAAACGGUGCCAGAAACUGGGCCGUUCUCUUCGGUGGUCCGAUGGUUUGCAGGUGGAACCUCCGCCGGAGGAUGCUUCACAGCUUUGGCACUUCUGGGGUGGCGGAGGCAACACCGGCAUGUCUGGCCAGAUGACCAACAACCCAGAGCUCACGCCAUCGGAGAAUGAGGAAACACGUAUGUUCCACUUCUCGCACAAGGGUGUGGCUGUUUCAGUGUCAGAACGGCGGCGGCAGCCGAAAGAUCCGUUAGCAACAGACUACACCGGAGACUUGGUCUGGCCCACAGCGGUGGCCUUCAGCAGAUACAUCUGCGAGAAGCACGGCUUGGAAGGUACGCGAGCUCUAGAUGUAGGAGCCGGGACCGGCCUCGUCGGGCUCGUGGUGCAUCGGAUGGGAGCAAAGAGCGUCACCUUCACCGACGUGCCCCGCGUUAUCCCCUUGUUGUCCAGGAACGUGGCCUUGCAUUGCCUCCCUGAUGCGACCAGAAAGGCGGAUCCAGCCGAAACACAAGCCGGAGAAGCCAUUGUCCGGCCUCUUCUUUGGGGGGAGGCUGAAGCCGAGGCCCUGGUCCAAGAACGAGGUCACUUCGAUCUGGUUCUUUGCUGUGAAGUGGUUUACCAGCAGCCUCAGCAGGUUUGGCAGUCUUUGCAAGCCGUGUUGAAGCGCGUGCUGGCGCGACCGGGAGGCCGAGUUGUCUUUGCUUAUCAGCAUCGUGACGGUGCAGAGGUGACCGACGCGCAGUUCUUCGAAACACUCGAGGAGGCAUGCGGCGUCCAUCUCGAGAGUGAGGAAUCGUUGAGUGCAUGGGAUGAUGCUUGGGAUGACAUCGACUUCCGCUGGGUCAGGACGUACGUGGCCACAGCGGCUGCGCAAUUGUAG